UUGCGCGACUCCAGCCAGGGAGGGGGCCUCUCUGCUACAGACGGAUCUCAAUCUCAUCUUUCCAUGUGUCCUCUUCGCUCUCUUCCUGUGCCAUCUCACGCUUCUCCAUCAUGACAUCCUCCACGCUCAGCAACUCCCCCCUGCGGCUCGAACUCGCCACGCUCGACGAUCUGCCCGAGAUCACCGAGCUCUGGUAUAAUGCCUUCACCACGCCGGGCCUGCGUGCCAUCUGGCCCGACACCCCCGGGGUGCGCCAGUGGUGGCACACGGCCAACGAGCACGACAUGUUGCACAAGCCACGCGAGAAAUACGUCAAGGUAGUGGACACCACUCAGAAUGGCCGUAUCGCCGCCUACGCGAAAUGGUCGCUGCAGACGGCCGAGGAGCGCGGUGCCCGCUGGCCCGCCUGGCAUCCUGACAUGGACCCCGUCCGGAACGACGCCUUUCUCCAUCAACUCGAGUCCUGCCGUGCCACUCUAGUGGGCGGGGGUCGGAAGAAUUUCUACCUGGAUAUGCUUGCGACCCAUACUGACUACCGUCGCAUGGGAGCCGCUCGUUUGCUCCUCGAAUGGGGAUGCCAAGUUGCCGAUGAGGAGGGGGUACCAAUCUACAUCGACGCCAGUCAGGCUGGCAAGCCGGUGUAUGAGCGGCUUGGGUUUCUUGACCGCAGUCAUCUCUUGGGUGAUACGGGAGAACUGGCGGCCAUGGUCAGGGAUCCGCGGAAGCCAGAUGCUCGAGAAGAUGCAUGACUUUUUAUUGCCGCCUGGAGUUCGUGGGGAUGGUGCGAUUGGAUCUCCUCGAUGUGGUCCACCAGUUUUUGUUGUGAUGCUGCUGCUGAGACGAGCCUGAAGCACCAAUAUAUAUAGAAGCUAGAUCGCGGCCAGUCACCGGCCUUAGCGGAUGCAGCGCCAUCGAAUAUAUAGUUCAAGACAUAGAGAAGCACCCAGAAUCAAAGUGUUUCUGAGCACGGGGCAAUCGUGACCCGAUCACCCCUCCAGUUGAAAAACAAAUAAAACAGGU